UUAUCUUUGAAUCACAAGAUUGCUUUACGGUUAAUGACUGAAAGUCGACCGGUGAAUUUUGAAACGAAAAAUUUGUCCGCAUUAUGUUAAAUAAACGUACAUGUAACAAUGUUUAAGAACAAACGAGACGUAGAUAGACAUGUUUCUCAUAUCCUGAACCGAAUUCGCGAAGAAAAAGAGCGCAAUGCCCGAGGAUACCAGUUUGCCAAGCUGUACUAUGAUAUUGCUGACUAUGAAUCUGGCAGAAGGUACCUGCAGGCGUUCCUCAGUGUGCGUGAGACAGUGCCCCAGGCCCACAAGCUGAUGGGACAGAUACAGGAGGCCCUACGUGACAAGGGCAAGGCUAUAGAGGCGUACAAGAGGUGCUUAGAUUUGGAUCCCGACCAGAAGGACGUUGUUUUAAAAGUGUGCGAACUGUACAGCGACAUUGGUGUGAAUGUGACCAAAGACAUUGCAAAGUACUGGAUUGAGCGAGCUGAAAAGCACUUCCCAGGUGAUCAACAUGUAUUCAAGCUCAAGGAGAGGAUUGUUGAGAAUGAUGGAGCAGCAGAUGACUCUGAGAUGGAACGACUCAUCACCACCGAACUGCUUAAGAAAGCUGAUGACGUGAAGCUACAUGUAAAGCUGCUGCGUCUGUACAUGCGUCGCCGAGACGUUGACCGAGCGUUUGACCACGCUGUCAAUACAGAGAAGUCUCUGUCUCUGGUACAGUCUGCAGAGUGGUACGAGUGCUUGCUGGAAGUGUUCCAGGUAUAUGCUGACCAGCAUGGCGGUACAGACAGCAACCUUGUGUUCCAUACACACAAGCUGUUCGCUGCAUCUUCCUUGGCCCUUCUACGCUUGCAGUCAGAUGAGAGAGAUGUCGUUGGAGCCACUAAAGCUUUGCAGGUGUUUGAUGAGGACUUGCAUGUAGCCUGCGCAGUGAGAAGUCAAAGCGCUGAGUGGUCAAGCUUCCUUACAGAGAUGAAGGGCAGGCUAUUCUAUGUCAUGGGACUGAUGCUCUUCAAGAGGGCCCUCAAGGGCCAGGUGUCGUGGAAGGACUGCGGUUCAUUCAGCAGCGUGUGCUUCCUGCUCAGUGACUCUUUCCCGUUCAUGGAUACCCGCUCCAGCUGGUUUGUUCAGUCCAAGCCAGAGUGGAAGAGGUUCUACGAGCACGUGUACAUGACCGGCUGUGAUCGGCUCAGUCAAGGAGGUCACAUGAUUUAUUCACUGCUGAAUAAGCAAGAGGACAGUCAGGGCACGAGGAAACUGAGGCAGUCUCUGUGCACCGCGCAGGGUCGGACCAGCCUUUAUGGCCUGGUGUUUGCUGGCGCUGACGCGGCUCCAAGGAAGGAGCGCUCAUACUUUGUGAACAGCGACAUCUUCACCAGCACCAGUCUCGAUGUGCCAGCCAAGAGCAAGCUGGUCCAGUAUGACUCGGUUGCGUACAGACUUCACUGUGACGACUUGAAUCACCUGGUCUGGCUAGCUCUUCAGCACUACAGCCUGAGAGACGAUGUGCAACAGGACUAUGAACAGCUCUUUGGUGUGGCCUUGUUCCCAGAGAUGAAGUACAGCAUGUGUGACCUGAGUGGGGGAGACCCGGCCACCCUCUGUCAGCUCGAUGUCCAGGUGUUUCUCUAUGCGUGUUUUCACUGGGCAGCCCUAGAGGUCAGAGAGCGGAGACGGAACUCUCAUGUGAUCCCUGACAAGCCUGACACCCUGCCAGCCAUCUUGUCCUCGGGUCUCUGCAACAAACUACAGAUGGACUGGUGGACUGCUGUGAACAAUAUGGAGAAGGGAAAACAUAAAGAAAAUCUUGGUAAGGUGUGGGGCGUAGUGACACGAGGCCUGGAAACCAUUCGCCUCGUGGUACCCAACGCACUUCCGCUGCAGCUUGUGGUGCAUGUUGCUAGGAUACUAGACGCAAGGGCCAAGGAGAUAGAGUCGCUAGAUGCUGAAGGCAUUGUGACGCCCAAACUAACUUCCAUGCAGACAAGGGCAGCCUUCUACUGGGCCCAGGCUUCAGAUAUGCUGGAACGCAUGGACAGAAACCAAAGUGUGCGUAUGCCCAAAGAGAUGAUGUUCCCGCUAGAACCAGUGCGUGACCCAGCAGUUGUCAAGGAGACCAGAGAGCAGGUCAAGUUUGCCAUGGCGAUUGUCGCUAUGAACGACGAGAAUUACCGUGAGGCUUUGUCAGCAUUUGAAAAUAUCUACAAACCAGAGUCGUCCUACUACUCUGGGCUGAUAUAUCGCAAGAUGGCAGAGUCUUCUGACCUCAACAACUCAUCAGGAAAUGGCCAGCAAAUGGUGCUUCUCUCAAAAUCAAAGACAGCUCUCUAUCAAGCGCUGGACCGGCUAGAGACGGAUAGAAAUGAGGAGAUGCAGAACGCAAUACGAAAAGACCUUGACGAUGUGGUCUGCAAGCUGAUCUCGCUCGAGUCCGGGGGAAAUAUUGCGGACAGCAUUCUGUCUAAUGCCAGCAACAAUGGCAUCAGCGAGGACUCGGAUGAUGCUGAUGAAAAUGAUGAUGAUGAAGACGCUGAGCCACACAAACAUCCCAGCCCAAGAACGCCCAAAACACUGCAGAUGCAGUCAAUGCGUGUGAGCCCUACCAGACUGGAUGUACAGUUGCGGGCCCUGGAGUCGUCCAACACUGCGCUAUCUGCGCGUCUCUCCACCCUCGAGGAUACAGUCAAAGCCAGCUCCAAUCUCAUACAGGAGAUCUUUAUACAACUGCGGCAGUCACGCGAUGAGAAUAAGUCACUGAGGGAGCAGUUGCAGAUCCUCUCCCUGCAAGGUCUCUCCAGCAUAUCCAUGGUGCGACCCCCGAUGCCCCAGCAGCCUACGCCCCGCAUGAACACCAUGAAUAUGUCCAUGGGUAGCCUUGCCGGUCUACCAGGGAUGCCGUUUGAACUGCCAGGUCAGGGCGGAUUACCUCCCCACAUGACCCAGUAUGGGCUGCCACCCUCUGCUAGCCCGCGACCAGGAUCUGGUUACGGGCACUCACCAGCAUUCGAGGACAGUUGCAACAAUAUUGACGGUGAAUACUACGACCCAGAUGGUGAAGAGUUCUACAUGCAAGACCAGAAUCUUGUCCAGGAAUGGCCGUUUGGCCAGAAGGCAGGAGUUGAAGGAAAGUCCACCAUAACCUACUCACCCCAGCCAAGAGCCAUGAAUCCCAGCAACCCAGGAAUGUUUGCCAAUGCUCUACGCGGGCCAUCUAUUCAGUACGGCAUGGGGUACCAGUCCCUCGUGCCUCCACAGCAGCAAAUACCUGCUCCUGUUUCUGCACCUAUGCCUGGUCCGGGUUUCUUCUCCCAAAAUAACCAACAGUUCUCCUCCCAGGGUGUGACCCAGACCCAGCAGUCCCUGGCAGGAGUGGUUCCAGGCUCAGCGGGGAUGUUUCCCAGGCCAACCCUCACCCCCUCCCACUCUCCAGCAAUUCCGCCCAGCAUGACGAUGACAAACAAGACCAGCACGCCUGUUGCAGUGACCUCCAAGCCAGCCACGCCUAUGAUGCCACCUAAUGCUGUCAUCACCACUCAGUCGUCGGAGAGUAAACCGAAGCUGAUACCAGGCUCUGUAGGCGUUCCAGCGUCAUCCUCGAGUGCUAAGACGACUCCUUUGGUGUCCCCCGCCAUGGGGGCUGCAGGUCCACUGAUAGCAGGCUCGGCCUCUGCUGCUUUGAGCAAUCUGGCAGCCAAGAGUCAGGAAGAUGUCAAUAAGACUCAGAGUCCUGUAGCUGCCCCAGUCACACCACAGAGAACGGUUUUCAAGGGAUUCUCUUUCAGCUCCACUCCGAAGAUUUCCGAACCAAAGGAAGAACCUGAAAACAAUAAUCAAACUGCGGCUACCACAAAAUCUUCUGCUUUACCAAAGCCCUUCAGUGGGUUUUCAUUGACACCAAGUGCAGCCAAGCCUGCUGCUGUUUCCACCUCAACACCUGCUACGCAGCCAUCUCUGACGUCCAAGACGGGAACUCCUUCGUCAGCAGGUUUUAUAUUUGGACAAGGGUCCACUGCCAGUUUUGGUGGUUUAGCAGCUCAGGGUCAGACAGCUACAUCUUUCCAAGCCUCUGGUGAUCAGAAAGGAUUUUCAGGAGCUGGGCUGCCAGUGUUUGGUAAAAAUCCGUCACCAAGACUAGCAAACACAUCAGCAAAUUCGGAUGAGCCUACUGAUGAAUACGAACCCAAUGUUGACUUCAAGCCAGUCAUUCAGCUGCCCGAUCUGAUUGAAGUGAAAACUGGGGAGGAAGAAGAGGAGAAGUUAUUUUGUGAACGAGCCAAGUUGUUCCGAUUCGACCAGGAUUCGGGUCAGUGGAAAGAGAGAGGAAUUGGAGAAAUUAAGAUCCUUAGACAUAGAGUUAACAAAAGCGUCCGUAUUCUGAUGAGACGAGAGCAGGUGCUGAAGCUGUGUGCGAACCACAAGAUCAGUCCAGAGAUGAAGCUGAGCCCAAUGGCCGCAUCGGAUUGCGCCUGGGUAUGGAAUACGAUGGAUUUCUCAGAGGGGGAAGCCAAGCCUGAGAAGUUUGCUAUUAAGUUUAAGACACCAGAUAUUGCCGACAAGUUCAGAGUGGCCUUUGAGAAAUCCCAAUCUGAAAUGGAAUCACAGUCAGAUGUCCCCAAAGCAGAUAUAUCUUCCAAAGCAGAUCAAGUUACCAGCAGUAAAAAAGGCGAUGCUCCAAAAGAAGACCUGGCUUCAAUGUUUAAGAAGAAAGAAGGAACUUGGACGUGCGAUGGUUGUUAUGUCAACAAUGGUGCUGAUAUUCAGAAGUGUCUAUGUUGCGGUACACUUAAACCGGGAGUGAAAGCAGAGGAUAUUAAAGCACCUGCUGGUGCUUCAAGCUUCGGUUCCAGUGUUGCCUCUGGUGGUUUUACGUUCAACACUUCAGCCACUGCCGCUGCGCCACAGACUGGUGGAGGCUUCAAGUUUGGUUCGACUCAACAGUCUGGAGUUUCCAGCAGUUCAGGCUCUGGAUUCACGUUUGGAACCUCAUCAACUUCCACUCAACAAACAAAAGCGUCUGGAUUCUCGUUUGGUACGCCAACUACAACUUCUGCAGGAUCUUCUGCAGUUCAGAGCGCCAAGCCUGCAAGCGCACCCUCUGGUGCGUUCGUAUUUGGAGGUGGUAGCACCCCUUCCGCUGGAUUUGGAUCUGUAGACGUAGCUUCUUCAGGUUUGUUUGGUGCAAAACCUAAAACUACUGUGAAUACAGAGAAUAAGACUGGUUUUGUGUUUGGUGGCAUGGCAGGAAAGACCCAAGAAACCCUAAAAUCCCAGUCAGAUGGUGUGCCAUCCAGCGCGGGAUUUGACACCAAAGCUGUAGCAACUGUGUCAAGUAAAGCAAACUCUGCAGAUGAAAAGUCCUGCUCUUUAUCUGGAAGCCUUUUAGCGCAGUAUCUUUCCACUCCUGACAUCUGGAAGUGUACAGCAUGUGAAGUCAACAACGAGGAGGAAACAGUCAUAUGUGUUAAGUGUGGUGUAACGAGACCCUCAGAACAAAAGCCGUUUUCUAGUCUGUCAACGUUCCAGUUUGGGUCAAGUGAUAAACAGAGCCCGUUUGCUGUUGGAUCAGUUUUUGGGGCAGGUAAAGAUUCUAAGGGGUCCGGUUUUAAGUUUGGUACUCCAUCGUCUGAGGACAAGAAACCAGUCGCUGAAGGCUUCAACUUCACAUUUAAUCCUCAACCUUCCACCGCGAAAGAUCAACCACCUGCUAGUCUUACCUCAGGAUUUAAUUUCUCUCUUAACAUGACCCCCUCAAAAAAGGAGAGUCCAUUGAAGUCCAGAGGUUUUAUGUCCCCAAAAUCACCUGGAGAUGGUGAGGAGGAAUAUUACGCUGACGAUGGAGAAGACUCGCACAUACACUUUGAACCAGUGAUUGAACUUCCAGACAAAGUAGAUGUGAAGACUGGCGAAGAAGAUGAAGAAGUGAUUUUCUCCCAUCGAGCAAAACUCUUCAGGUACACGAAAGGAGAAUGGAAGGAACGGGGACUGGGUGAUGUCAAGAUCCUGUACCAGCCUCAGAACAACAAGGCAAGGAUUGUGAUGCGUAGAGAGCAGAUCCUGAAGUUGUGCUGUAACCACUACAUCACAGCAGACCUUUCACUGAAGCCAAUGCCAAACACAAAAGGAGUCGCACUGAUCUGGUAUGCGAUGGACUUUACUGAGGGUGAACCAAAACCAGAACAGUUUUCAAUAAAAUUCAAAAACGAGGAGAUUGCUCAGAAAUUCCAGAAGGCUGUUGAUGAAGCUAAAAGUAAAGUUACGGGUGCAUCUGUAACUGUGUCAUCUGAUUCCUCUGGUACAAAACCUAAAACUCCAGUGGUUGAAACGCUCGGACCACAUCAGACUAAAGACUUACAACGCUCUGAGGAUGAUGUAGUGAUCACCAAAGUCGAAGAGGCCACGCCGGAAGAGGUGGCAAAAGCCAGGGCUUUGCAGCUCCCUGACAACUUCUAUAUGUACACGAGGUUAAAGGAUUGCCCAGGUUGUCGAGGAUGUAAUGAUGAUCUGAGCCUGGCAACCCCAGUGAGUACUCGGGCCGGAAAAGAGAACAUGGAGGUUAGGGAACAGACAAAUGUGGAGGAAGAGGAGGAUGAGGAAGAAGAAGAUGAGCAUGAUGAUGAUGACGACUAUGAGGAUGUGGAUGAUGAAGCGGAAAGUGAAGAGGACAACGAGAAUGUUGCAGAAGCUGAGCACAGUGCGGAAGAGAAUGAAGGUGUAGACAAGAUUGGCAAUGCUGCUGACAAGGGAGGGGAGAGCGGUGUGUUUGGGUUCAGUGGAGGAUCAGCAGGCUUUUCCUUCGCAGCCCUUGCCCAGGCCUCGUCUACAAAGACAUUUGCCACAGACUCCAGUCAGCCCUUCCACUGGCAAGGUGCAGGGAAACAGGUGUUUGGAUCCAGUACUACUGCUAGCGCUGAUGGUGAUGAUGACGAUGCAGUUGCCCAAGGCGAUGACCCGCAUUUUGAACCCAUUGUGCCCCUGCCUGACCUUAUUGAUGUUAAAACAGGUGAGGAGGACGAGACUCCAGUGUACAGUCAGCGCUCCAAGCUGUUCCGCUUUGACAAGGAUGCCAAACAGUGGAAGGAAAAGGGUAUAGGAGAGAUGAAGAUUCUCAAACAUAAGGGCAACGGCAAGUACCGACUGCUUCUGCGUCGUGAGCAGGUGCACAAGCUUGCGUGUAACCAUCACCUGACCUCUGACCUAGUGUUCACCAUCAUGGCGACCUCAGAGACCUCCUGGUGCUGGACUGCGCAGGAUUACUCAGAGAACCAGCCCAGAAUGGAACAGUUUGCCCUAAAGUUCAAGAAUGUGGAUACAGCCAAUGUAUUUAAGGCAAAAAUCGAUGAGAUACAGUCGGAACUUCGCGGACAGAAGUCCUAGAGUUAACAAGCCAGUGGUGUGGUUUCAUUCUGCCAACUAAAAUGGAGCAUCUUGGUACUGGGUACACAAACAAUCAGAAGAGUAUGUUUUUUCGUACUGUUCUUGUGAACUGUGCAUCAUUCCAUUCAAACCAUUAAGUUCAUGAACUGCAACCAAUUCAAAAGUAGUGCUACUUGUGUUGUUAGAAUUCUGGUUGUCUUGUUUAGUGGCAAAUGUUUUCUUUUUUCUUUACCGACUUUUGUCUUACGUGCAUUUCCUUUAUUAUAGUGUAGCCAAACAUGCCAUUAUUCAUGUUUUCAGUGUAUAUCUGUAUGCAAAUUAGGAAGAUAAAUUUGUAGCAUUUAAUAAUAACAUUUCCAAAUAGAAGCAAGUAAUAUAGCAAAAUAAGUUGAUUUUUUCCUUUUUAUAUAUGCAAUUUAGUUUGAAUUUGUUUCUUUCUUUCUUUUUCACUUUAAGGAUAAUCAACCAUUUAAAUUGGAAAUAUUAUGAAACAUUUGUAACGCUUUUUAUUACUGACAAAGCGUUUAGACUACCUCGCAGAUAGAAAAUAGCCUGCUUGGUGUGGUAUGGUAUUAUCCUUUGCUUCUAAGGUCCCGAAAUUAAACCCCCUAGGACAAGCUCAUUUUAAUUUUACCGUUCUAUGCUAUUAUGAUUAUUUAAAAUUUCCAAAUAUUUCAGUAUGUUAGUACAUGUAAAUUCAUAAAAUGGCAUUUUCAAAAACACGAAAAUUCGUGAACAAGUCCCCUUAACAGAUGAGUUAUUUAUUGUAUGUUCAUGACUUACUUAUGAAUCUGUUUCAUGGUACAUGUCUUACAAAUCUUUCAUUGCUAUGGAUUGAAUAAAUGUUUUUGUGGUA